GGUGCAGGUUGGUGCAACUUGGUGCGGUUUGGUGAAACUUGGUGCGGAUUGGUGCAAUUUGGUGCAGGAUGGUACAACUUGGUGUAGGAUGGUGCAACUUGGUGCAGGUUGGUGCAACUUGCUGCAGAUUGGUGCAACUUGGUGCAGUUUAGUGUAACUUGGUGCAGGAUGGUGCAACUCGGUACAGGUUGAUGCAACUUGGUGGAGGUUGGUGCAGCUUGGUGCAGUUUGGUGAAACUUGGUGCAGAUUGGUGCAAGUUGGUGAAACUUAGUGCAGGUUGGUGCAACUUGGUGCCGUUUGGUGCAACUUGGUGCAGGUUGGUGCAACUUGAUGCAGAUUGGUGCAACUUGGUGCAGUUUUGUGCAACUUGAUGCAGUUUGGUGCAACUUGGUGCAGAUUGGUGUAACUUGGUGCAGUCUGGUGCAACUUGGUGCAAUUUGGUGCUGGAUGGUGCAACUUGCUGCAGGUUGGUGCAACUUGGUGCAGUUUGGUGCAGGUUGGUGCAGUUUGGUGCAAGUUUGUGCAUAUUGGUUCAGGUUGGUGCAGCUUGGUGCAGGUUAGUGCAACUUGGUGAAGAUUGGUGCAACUUGGUGCAGAUUGAUGCAUGUUGGUGCAAAUUGGUGCAGGUUUGUGCAACCUGGUGCAGAUUAGUGAAACGUGGUGCAGGCUGGUGCAACUUGGUGUAGAUUGGUGCAGUUUGGUGGAACUUUGUGCAGAUUGGUGUUAUUUGGUGCAGGGUGGUGCAACUUGGUGCAGGUUAGUGCAACUUGUUGCAGGUUGGUGCAACUUGGGACAGAUUGGUGCAACUUAGUGCAGAUUGAUGUAGUUUGGUGGAGCUUGGUGUAAUUUUGUACAGAGUUGUGCAGAUUGAUGUAGUUUUGUGGAACGUGGUGCAGGUUGGUGCAACUUGGUGCAGAUUACUGCAAAUUAGGGAAGUUUGGUGCUAUGUGGUGCAGUUUGGUGUAACUUGGUUAAGGGGGUGCAGUUUGGUGCAACUUGGUGUAGAUGGGUACAACUUGGUGCACUUUGGGUCAGUUUGGUUCAACUUGAUUCAGACUUGUGCAUAUUGGUGCUCUUUCGUUCAGUUUGUUGCAUUUUUGUGCAGAUUGGUGCAUGUUGGUGAAGAUUGGUUCAGUUUGAUGCAACUUGGUACAGUUUUUUGUAACUUGGUGCAGAUGGGUCUUGGGUUAGAUUAG